GCACAAACCGGAAGCCGGAAAUGGCGUCAACGUCGACGUGCGAAAUUCAAACUUCUCUCUGCUAGAGGGCUUUUCUAUAUGGCAUACGGUUGUCAACUGAUUUUACGUUCUUCUGCUCCCGUUUUCAUAUAAAUUCAGGGAGGUUUAACAUCGUGCGGCUGAAGCGGGGAGGAUGCCUGUGGAAAGGACGGAGCAGCGCGGAGCCGACGAGCUCUACAAAUACUAUGAGGUUUAUGAGACUAUCGGCUCAGGGGGCUUUGCUAAAGUCAAGCUGGGUCGACACAUCCUGACAGGAGAGAAGGUUGCCAUUAAAAUCAUGAACAAGAAGGAUCUAGGGGAUGACCUGCCCCGUGUGAAGGUGGAGAUUGAGGCCAUGAAAAACCUGAGUCAUCAGCACGUCUGUCGUCUCUACCACAUCAUAGAGACCUCCACCCAGAUCUUCAUGGUGCUGGAGUACUGUCCAGGUGGGGAGUUGUUUGACUACAUCAUUGCAAAGGACCGUCUGUCAGAGGAAGAGACCAGGGUGUUUUUCAGACAAAUUGUGUCUGCGAUGGCCUAUGUCCACAGCCAGGGAUACGCACACAGGGACCUCAAACCGGAAAACUUGUUGAUUGAUGAAGACCACAACUUGAAGCUCAUAGACUUUGGAUUGUGUGCCAAACCCAAGGGAGGUUUGGGUUAUGAGCUGAUGACGUGUUGUGGGAGCCCUGCGUACGCUGCUCCUGAACUUAUCCAGGGAAAAGCAUAUAUUGGUUCAGAGGCGGAUGUGUGGAGUAUGGGUGUUCUGCUGUUCGCUCUGCUCUGUGGAUACCUGCCCUUUGAUGACGACAACUGCAUGGUGCUCUACAGGAAGAUUGCAAGGGGUAAAUAUGAUAACCCCCGGUGGCUCUCUCCAGGUAGCAUCCUCCUCCUCAACCAGAUGAUGCAGGUGGACCCCAAACGGCGUCUUACUGUUCGCCAGCUGCUGAACCAUCCCUGGGUGAUGAAAGACUACAACAGUCCUGUAGAGUGGCGCAGCAGGCAGCCGCUUGGUCACAUAGAUGAGGACUGUAUCACUGAGAUGGCUGUCAAUAUGAAACGAUCGAGGCAGAGCACCACAGCGCUGGUCAAGGAGUGGCGGUAUGACCAGACCACAGUCACCUACUUGCUGCUCCUGUCAAAGAAGCAGAGGAGCAAACCUGUCCGCCUGCGCCCUGAACCAACAGUCUGUGAGGACUCCUGCUCUCCACUGCAUCAGGGACUACAGACUAGGGACAUCCUUCACUUCAGUGAGGAUGAAGAUGCUGUGAUUGUGGGUUCACUGGAUUUUUGUUCAGACUACAUUGAUGAUUGCCCGUGGGAUUCAGUUGUGCAAUAUACACCUCAUAGGGUCAAAGGUCAGCCAGAUGGAACCACAAACAACAAAGACACGAGAUUGGCAUCUCCAUCAGUGGAGAAAAGAUGUGUUUACAGCCCGACCCCAGAGAGGGGGAGAACAACGACACAGCACCGGCAGGAGAGGAGAGACAGAGACCAAGAAGGAACCAGUGAGAACAAGGAGAAUAUUGCUGUGCAGGAGAAAGAUGUUGAAAUAUUUGCGUUGCCUCCUCCUCGAACUCCUGUGUCCAGUAAGAAGUAUGCACGGCCUAACAAGAAUGUGUUGACCACACCCAAUCAAAAUGCUAACGGCAAUGGCACUAAAACCAAUGCAGUCACACCUAAAGGUGGAGGCAGUGCCUCUAAAGAACACAAUAAGAAGAGGGGAGCAGAGAUCAAGGAGCUUGCAAACAUUGAAAUACUGGCCUUCAGUCCUGAGCGAAGGUCUCGGUCUUUGGACAUGGCUGUUACGGGAGACAGUGGGAAGAAGAAGAGAGGAGGAAAGGUGUUUGGCUCCCUGGAGAGAGGCCUGGAUAAGGUGAUCACCAUGCUCACUCCCAGCAAGAGACGAGCCCUGCGUGACGGCCCACGCAAGAUCAAGGCGCAGUACAACGUUACUCUGACCAGUCAGACCAACCCAGACCAGGUCCUUAACCAGAUCCUCUCCAUCCUGCCGGAGAAAAAUGUCGAUUUCACACAGAAAGGGUAUACCCUGAAGUGUCAGACCUGGGGCGACUUUGGGAAGGUAACCAUGGCGUUUGAGCUGGAGGUGUGCCUGCUACAGAGGCCGGAGGUCGUCGGGGUUCGCCGCCAGAGGCUGAAGGGAGAUGCCUGGGUCUACAAGCACCUGGUGGAAGACAUCCUCUCCACAUCCAGUAUCUAAAUAAUGCACUUUCCUGGCAAUGUCACUUCCUGUUCCAAGUCAAUGGACACUGGCCUUUUUGUCAGUGACCCCUUUCUGUGUCCAAGAAUAAAGGAUGACUGAUUAGUGGUUAAUGCACAGAUAUAGUAUGUUGUCGUAGCACAUUAAUCAUCAGUCCUUCAUUAUUCAUUGUAAAUAUUUAAAAUUAUCCUUAGGCCAGCCUGCAAUCCCCAGAGUAUGUUACAUUAAAUUAUGGGCAUUACAUGUCAGGAAUCUGUACAGCAUAUCUUGUUUAAUGUAGAAUAUUGUUGUUUUACUUCCCUUCUUCAUAAGCUGAAUCAAUCCUCUUGAGAUGUAUGUGUGAAAUGUAACGCUAUUUACAGCAUACCUUCUGGCUACUUCUUACCAUAUUUAUGUCUUGAUGUUGUUAUUCUCUCCUGUAGGUGCUAAACUUUGAAUAACAGAAAGAAGCAGAGCAUUACUAAUUUACUGUCAAUUCUUCCAUCAUUUUACAUGGUUGUAUUGUAUGAAGUGUCUGCUUUUAUUUCUUAUUGGUGUUUGUCUAGUUUUUAAACUGUCACGUUUCUGUAAGAUUUCUACUGACAUGUAAAAAGAGCAAAAUAAAUGGUUUCUGGUAAGUGUAA